ACAGGCUUGCAAAUAUGACGACAAAUCUAACAGUUAAAACUUAUGGAGUGGUUAAUACAACGAAUAUCACCUGUUCCACACUAAGAGGAAGUGUGGUAUAUACUGUGAAUGCUACAAUAUAUUUUGCAGAUGUGCCGUAUCGCAAGGAAGUGCAUGUUAUUAUGCACAAGGGAAACGAAACAUAUUACUUCACAGCAGUACUAGAGCUAGGAGAUAUGUUUAAUGGAGGAGGAGUUCCAAUUGAUCACUACAUUAUUCAAGUGGACAACGGCACACAGUUGGAAACUCCAGGCCCCACUUACAGUUUUGACAUCAUGUACAAUACUACACUGUCAGUGAACAUCUCAGCCCACAACUGUGCAGGAUACAGUGAUCCCUUACCACUUGAGAUACAA